GACCAGCACGUCCUUGUGAAGGGAAGUCCAAACAACAACUGGCUGAAGACGCAGUCCUGAAGAUUGAUGGAGGGCCAUGCUCUUCCAACAGCAGGCACUGCUGAGACAGAAGCUCUUGGUCCUGGGCAGCCUCGCCAUCGGCAGCGUCCUCUAUCUGGUGGCCAGGGUUGGGACUUUGGAUAGGUUGCAGCCCAUUUGCCCCAUUGAGAGCAGACUUCCUGCCCCUGAGCCAGAGCAAAUCCCUCUCCGCACCCUGCAAUUUAAGCGUGGCCUGCUUCACGAACUCCGUAAGGGCAAUGCCACCAAAGAACAAAUCCGCAUGCACAACCUCGUCCAGCAGUUGCCUCGGGCCAUCAUCAUUGGGGUCCGCAAAGGGGCUCGCGCCCUGCUGGAAAUGCUCAACUUGCAUCCGGCAGUGGUCAAGGCCUCGCAGGAGAUCCACUUCUUUGAUAACGACAAAAACUAUGCUCGGGGAAUCGACUGGUACAGGGGGAAAAUGCCCUUCUCUUUCCCCCAUCAGAUCACCAUUGAGAAGAGCCCGGCCUACUUCAUCACCGAGGAGGUUCCUGAACGCAUCUUCAAGAUGAACUCUUCCAUCAAGCUGCUGAUCAUCGUCAGAGAGCCCACCACCAGAGCUGUGUCCGAUUACACCCAAGUGCUGGAGGGCAAGGAGCGCAAAAACAAAACCUACCACAAGUUUGAGGAUCUGGCCAUCGACGCCAACACUUGCGAAGUAAACACGAAGUAUAAAGCCGUCCGGACCAGCAUCUACACCAAACACCUGGAACGCUGGCUCAAGUACUUUCCGGUCGAGCAGUUCCACAUCGUAGAUGGGGAUCGCCUCAUCACGGACCCACUGCCAGAGCUGCAACUUGUUGAGCGCUUCCUGAACCUCCCGUCCAGGAUCAGCCGCUAUAACCUGUACUUCAAUGCCACCAGAGGAUUUUACUGUCUGCGCUUCAAUAUUGUUUUCAACAAGUGCCUGGCCGGCAGCAAGGGCCGCAUCCAUCCCGAGGUGGACCCGUCGGUGGUGGCAAAACUACAGAAGUUCUUUCACCCCUUCAAUCAGAAGUUUUACCAGAUCACUGGCAGAACAUUUAACUGGCCAUGAAGUCCUCGAAUGAGAUACCUUGAUACCCAGGAAUGUAACGUUAUUGAAAACUCACAUUAUGAUAACGCCUCAGUAGCAAGUCCCGGAUAAGAAUGUGAUUCCUACAAUAGGUGGUCAUUUUAACGUCAAAGUUACGUUCAGUAAUCUACACUCUACUGUCAUGUGCUGGUAAUCCUCUUUUGAUCCUCAUUAUUUGUAUUAAAAAAUAAAAUCAUCUCCUUUUUGGGGAUUUAGUAUGCAGCAAAUACAACCACAAACAAUGAUGUCAUACUUUCUUUUCUUUUUCACGCCAUGAUCUUUUAAACAGUCAUAAUCCAAAAAUUACAAAUGAUAUGGGCAGCACCAAGUACCCCCAUGAUAGAUUAACUGGUAUACCACGUUUAGCAACAAUAACCGGAGGUGGUCAUUUCUCAUGGGAGAUAUUUCGGCCCGUUGUUUCCAAUAUUGUCUCAGUUAACUGGGGUUUUGGGGAUAUUCAUUGAGGUGAACACCUAGAAACCUCCAUCUGUCCAUAAGACAUAGUUCCAAGGGUCUUGGUUUGUUCAAAUGCAGGUUUAUGAACCUCAGUUGAGUUUUUAGGAGGAAGAGACCUUCUCCUGGCCAUCUUCU